GAGCAUCAGCAAAAUGUUGCUGAAAAAUGGAUUCACAUGUUCCGUGCUCUGAUUGAUGAGAGGGGCCCAUGGUCUGCUAAUCCAUUUCCUAAUGAUACUAUGGUACAUUGGAAACUGGACAAGACAGAAGAUACAUGGCGUCGUAGGCCAAAGUUAAGACGGAAUUAUCAUUUUGAUAAGAAGCUUUGUUAUCCUCCAUCCACUUCCUCUACUGAUGAGGCUACUGUUCCUGGUAAAGAGAACAAAUCUUUUGCGGGGCAAAUUCCUGAGCAAAUGAAGCAUUUUCUGCUAAAAGGUGUGCAAAGAAUCAUUGAUGAAGGGAGCUCAGAACCUGGUGAAAGUGAUGCUGAAUCAAGUGGGCAGAAGGUUUUCUCUGAGGAUCCUUUAGACAAUCAAUGCUCAGAAAUACUUGAAUGCAGCAAUGAUCAAAAGGAUUCUGUACAUGACAGAAAAGAGUUUUCUUUGUCUCCUCCAGAGACUGAAACUAGUGAGGUUCUUCUCUCAGUUCCAUGCGUGCUUGUAACACCAAAGAGAAAACUGGCAGGACAUCUGGCAGUAAUGAAAGAUGUCUUGCAUUUUUCUGGUGAGUUUUUGGUUGAAGGUACUGGAGGGUCAUCGGUUUUCAAGACCUUAAAUGCUUCAAGCAAUUCUGAUUCAGCCAAGGCUGAUCAAAAGCAUAAGUUUUUCAAGUGGCCCAUAUUUCUUGAUUUAAAUUCUGAAAUGGGUGCUUCUUCCGAUAAUGUUGAGGCAGAAAAUUUGCAUAAGAAACAAUUGAAGAUUAAGCGUCAUUGGCGAUGGAAUAUUGACAAGGUAAAAGCUGUCCAUUGGACUCGAUAUUUGCUUAGAUACACUGCAAUAGAAAUUUUCUUCAGUCAUUCAGUUGCCCCAAUAUUCUUCAAUUUUGCAUCUCAGAAGGAUGCAAAAGAUAUUGGAACCCUGAUAGUAGCUACCAGAAAUGAACUUUUAUUUCCUAGAGGAGGUAAUAGAGAGAAAACUGGAGCCAUUUCAUUUGUUGAUAGACGUGUUGCACUGGAGAUGGCAGAAACUGCUAGAGAAAGUUGGAGGAGAAGGGAUAUUACAAACUUUGAGUAUCUGAUGAUUCUCAACACACUUGCAGGAAGAUCCUAUAAUGAUUUAACACAAUAUCCAGUCUUUCCUUGGAUUUUAGCAGAUUACUCCUCUGAGGUUCUUGAUUUUAACAAGUCAUCAACCUUUCGGGAUCUUUCCAAGCCAGUAGGAGCAUUAGAUUUGAAACGGUUUGAGGUAUUUGAAGACAGAUACCGUAACUUUUGUGAUCCUGAUAUACCCAGUUUCUACUAUGGGUCUCAUUACUCAAGUAUGGGGAUUGUGCUUUAUUACUUCCUUAGAUUAGAACCAUUCACAACUCUUCACCGUAAUUUACAGGGUGGCAAAUUUGACCAUGCAGAUCGUCUAUUUCAAAGCAUUGACGGCACAUAUCGGAAUUGCCUUUCCAAUACAAGUGAUGUGAAGGAGUUAAUUCCUGAAUUCUUUUACAUGCCUGAGUUUCUAGUUAAUGCAAACUCUUAUCAUCUGGGAGUAAAACAAGAUGGUGAACCUAUAGGCGAUGUUUGCCUCCCUCCCUGGUCCAAGGGCUCUCCUGAAUUGUUCAUAAGUAAAAACCGAGAGGCCCUUGAAAGUGAAUAUGUUAGCUCAAAUCUUCACCACUGGAUUGAUUUGGUUUUUGGUUACAAGCAGCGUGGAAAACCAGCGUUGGAGGCAGCAAAUAUCUUUUACUAUUUAACUUAUGAAGGUGCUGUUGAUCUAGAUGCUAUGGAUGAUGAUCUGCAGAGAUCAGCGAUUGAAGAUCAAAUUGCUAAUUUUGGCCAGACUCCAAUCCAAAUUUUCCGUAAAAAACACCCAAGAAGAGGGCCACCAAUACCAAUUGCUCAUCCUUUAUAUUUUGCACCCAAUUCUAUUAAUUUGACGUCAAUUAUUUCUUGCACAAGUCAGCCACCUUCAGCUGUGUUAUAUGUUGGUAUGCUCGACUCGAACAUUGUGUUUGUGAAUCAGGGGCUUACCUUGUCAGUUAAGAUGUGGUUGACAACCCAACUUCAAUCUGGUGGAAAUUUUACCUUUUCUGGAUCCCAGGAGCCUUUCUUUGGAGUUGGUUCUGAUAUUCUUUCCCCUCGAAAAAUUGGGAGUCCUUUGGCAGAAAACGUUGAACUAGGAGCACAGUGCUUUGUAACAAUGCAAACACAAUCUGAGAACUUUCUGAUCUCAUGUGGCAACUGGGAAAACAGUUUUCAAGUCAUAUCAUUGAAUGAUGGAAGAAUGGUGCAGAGCAUUCGGCAGCACAAAGAUGUUGUUAGCUGUGUUGCAGUAACCCCUGAUGGAAGCAUUCUUGCAACUGGAAGUUAUGAUACAACAGUAAUGGUGUGGGAAGUUUUCCGUUCCAAAACUCCAGAAAAGAAAGUUCGUAGUACACCCACAGAAGUACCCCGUAAAGACUAUGUUGUUGUUGAAACUCCUUUCCAUAUUCUCUGUGGUCAUGAUGAUAUAAUUACAUGCUUAUAUGUUAGUGUGGAGCUUGAUGUGGUUAUCAGUGGUUCAAAAGAUGGAACUUGCAUCUUCCACACCUUGCGGCGUGGAAGAUAUGUAAGAUCUCUACGGCAUCCAUCUGGCAGUGCAUUAUCAAAGCUUGUUGCUUCUCCACAUGGACGGAUUGUAUUUUAUGCUGAGAAUGAUCUCAGUUUGCACCUUUAUUCUAUCAAUGGAAAACAUCUUGCAUCUUCCGAAUCCAAUGGGCGCCUUAACUGUGUUGAACUCAGUGGAUGUGGCGACUUUUUGGUUUGUGCUGGUGACCAGGGACAGAUAGUUGUACGCUCCAUGAACACACUCGAGGUGGUGAGAAAAUAUAAUGGAGUAGGAAAGAUAAUAACAUCCCUAACAGUCACGCCAGAAGAGUGCUUCUUAGCAGGGACAAAAGAUGGAAGCCUUCUUGUAUACUCUAUUGAAAAUCCUCAACAACGCAAAGCUGGCCCUCGGAAUAUGAAAUCCAAAACUGCUGCAACCGGCUGUGUCUAAGCUACAUAAAUGAAACAGGGGAUUGUAGAACCCGUAACCAUUUCCAUCGCCAAGUGGUGAUAUUCAGGCCCCCACAAAGAUUUUCAAUGAAGAGUAUGUUUCGAUUAACGUUAGGCACUCGAAGAUAUUGAAGGGUGGCCAUAUACUGCACUAUACACUAUACAUCAGAUGCUACCAUAUAGACAAUCCAAUUUCUUCCUUUAUUUUCAAAAUGAGGAGGUGAGUUAAGACUCGAAUUCUGGAGUUACAUACAUGUGUAAAUGUACAUUAGUAAUUCAUACUAGGAUAGGACAGAAUUUCCUCUGGAAUAAGAGUAGCAGAAUCUGGGUACUUAGAUUUCUCUUUAAAAUAUUGGAAGCUAGCCCAACUUACUGUACAUAAUACUUUUUGCCUAAUUCCAUAGUGCCUC